CAAUGUAUCCAGGCGCAACCAAUGACAUCAGCCAGCCUGUUAUUGAGUGUAGGGGAGUCUGUAUGUCCUAUAGAAAGCUGAAUGUGCUCAAUAACCUUAACCUCACUCUGUCACAGGGGAAGAUAUACGGACUGUUGGGUCCCAGUGGCUGUGGGAAAACAACAUUUUUGCGUUGUGCUUUGGGAAGAUUAUGCAUCUCAAAGGGAACAAUUACAGUCCUGGGAAAACCUCCAGCAUUCCCAGGACAUGAGGUACCAGGCAGGAUGGUGGGAUACAUGCCUCAGGAAUUAGCGUUAUACAAUGAGUUCAGCAUUACAGACACAUUUUGGUUCUUUGGGCGAAUACAUGGCCUGAACAGCAAAGACAUCGAAAGUCGUCUCUCAUUCCUUGUUAAGUUUCUCAAUCUUCCUGACAAGAAUCAACUUGUCAAACAUCUCAGUGACGGUCAGAAACGGCGAGUAUCGUUGGCAGUUGCUCUACUCCAUAAACCCCAGCUCCUCUUACUGGAUGAACCAACUGUUGGAGUGGAUCCCAUAUUACGAGCCAGGAUAUGGCAACAUCUGGCCGAUGUGGUAAAAGAUCAAAAAGUAUCAGUGAUCAUAACAACUCAUUACAUAGAAGAAGCAAGCCAAGCCAACAUGGUUGGAUUAAUGAGGGAUGGUCAUCUCCUUGCAGAAGCUCCACCUGACGAGUUAAUGAGGCUCCAUGAUGUAUCUACCUUGGAGAAAGUGUUUCUAAAUCUGUGUAAUGCUUCUGAUCAGUCGUCUGCAAAACCCAUCUCUGCUGUUGGUGAAAAGACGAACCUAAACCCUGGAGAGAACAAUGAGCAAAUUCCAAUUCAAAUUCAUGAAGAUGUUUACAAUAAACCCAAACUCCGAGUGGACAGGAAUUUGUUGUUGAAAAGCAUGGUCCCUCGAUGGAGGAAUAUCAUGGCUUUAGUGAUUAAAACAUUCAUUAGAAUCAGGAGGAUGCCUGGGUUUCUUGUUUUCCAGUUCUUACUGCCAGUGAUUCAGAUCUCACUCGUAUGCCUUUGCAUUGGAGGCAUUCCAGAGAAUUUGCCUGUUGCCGUGGUGAACAAUGACACAGGACAACCAGCCAUGAGCCAGAUCUUUUUGUCACAUUUUGACAACACAAUUACCCAGAUUCACUUAAACCAGUUUGAUGCCAUUAAGGGAGUAUUAGAUGGUAAAUAUUGGGGUGUAAUAGGCUUUGCAGCAAACUUCUCACAAGAUUUCCUUUCAAGGAUAUAUGAGAAGAUAGUGAAGCAAAGCGUAGUUGAUGGGGGUUCAAUCCAUGUCUGGCUCGAUAUGACGAACCCAGAAAUUUCAAUCACCGUCCAACUCAAGCUACAAGAAGCAUUCGAGGAUUUUGUUAAGGAUGUCCUGGGAACGUUUUCAUACUUAGCUUCUGUUCCAAUAAAGAUUGAAGAGCCAAUUCAUGGGGAUAAACAUCUCAAUUUUACAACAUUCAUUACUCCUGGGAUAAUUCUAAGCAUCGCUUUCUUCCUGGCUGUUGGUUUGACUGCUCUCUCCUUUGUAAUAGAACGGAGAGAAGGUUUACUGGACAGAAGCUGGGUAGCAGGUGUUAGUUCCCUGGAGAUAAUAUUAGCUCAUGUCUUCUCCCACCUGCUGACUAUGAUUAUUCAGACAACAUUGUUACUCAUCUUUACAUUCCUUGUUUUCAAGAUUCCCAAUGAAGGGAACUUGUUCCUGAUAGUAAUUCUUAUCGUAAUGCAAGGCAUCACUGGAAUGUCCCUGGGCCUCGUUAUCUCAGCUGCAUUUGAUGAUGAGCAGUCAGCAGUCCAGGUUGCAUUGGGUAUCUUCUAUCCAGACAUUGUUCUGAGUGGAAUCAUCUGGCCAAUUGAAAGUACCCCUUACGCCCUGAGGUGUUUUAGUUUAAUCUUGCCACAGACGUAUGCAGCUGAAGCACUCCGGGGUAUACUUUACCGAGGAUGGGGUUUCACUCACUGGCCGGUGUGGAGUGGAUUUCUAAUUACCCUGGCUUGGAAUGUAUUUUUCCUUUUAUUGGCAACAAUAAUUACGAAAAUAAGAAAAUAGCAACAGAACAACAGGAAGGAGUGAUUUACCACGUCUGCAUUUUGGAGUGGAUCAGCUGCCAAGCAACUGAACCAUCCAGGGGCUGAGGGGGUCGUCUCAGAGAAUGGCCAUUAAGUUGAAUUUUGGCUAGAUUCCAAAUGUGAAAAUUCAUGAUUAUUCUGCUGCUUUUACCAUUUUCACAUGAUUUUGUUUUUAUGAAAUGCUCCGAUGGAAACUAUUUUUAAUUAACAUGAGUGUUGCUGUUCUAACAACGUACAUCUGUGGAAUACAUCUGAUUGCCUCGUCUUAUACUUGCUGAACUGAUUUUUCCUGAUAGCAUGUUCUGGUCAGCAAGAUUCCUCUUCCUUCAAUCAGGCGCUUCCUUUCCUAAAGAAAUCCAGGCAGGUUUAUGCCUGGACAUUGUGCUCUAGCUAUUAAAGACUCCAGUUUAAACUCCAUAGCUCUUGCAAGAAAAGCAACAAAAACACUGUGGCCUUUUAAAUAAUGAAACAUCACACCACUUUCACCCACUAGGUUGUAGUUAUGAGCCUCGGGGUUAUUCUAAAAGUUGGAAUGUUUCUGGUUGGAGAUGGUCACUUCAAUGAGGGGACGAAGUGUAACGUAUCCAAAUUUGCUGGCGAUACAAAGUUAGGUGGAAUUAAACUAUGAGAAGGACACAAAGAGGCUGCAAAAGAAUUUGGGCAGGUUAAAUGAGAGGGAAAGAACAUGGCAGAUGGAAUAUAACAUGGUGAAAUGUGUAGUUAUCCACUUUGGUAGAAAAAAUAGAAAAGCAGAAUAUUGUCAAUGGUGAGAGACUGAGAAAAGUUUGAAUUCAGAGAGGCCUAGACGUCCUUGUACCUAAAUCAGAGAAAGUUAACAAGCAGGUCCAGCAAACAAUUAGGAAAGCAAAUUCAAUGCUAGACUUUAUUAUAAAGCAAUCGGAUAUCUUACUGCAAUUACAUAGAGCCCUGGUGAGACCACACCUAGCGUACUCAGUACACUUUUGGUCUCCUUACCUAAGGAAAGAUGUAUUUGUCCUCAAUGGAGUGCAAUGAAGAUUCACUUUGAAGGGGUUGCCCUAUGAGGAGAAAUUGAGUAGAUUGGGUUUACAUUCCCUAGAAUUCAGAAGAAUGGGGUAAUCUCAUUGAAACAUAUCAUAUUCUGAAAGGGCGUGACAGGCUAUUUCCUGAGAAAGGCUGGGGAAUCUAGAACAUUGGGUCACAGUCUCAGGAUAAGCGGGUUGGCAAUUCCAAACUGAGAUGAGAAAUUUCUUCAUUCAAAGGGUUGUAAAUCUUUGGAAUUCUCUACCCCAAAAGCCUAUGGAGCUCAGUAAUUGAGUAUAUUCAGUAUAGAGGUUGAUAGAUUUUUGGGUACUGAAAGAAUUAAGGGAACUGGUAUAAUGCCUACAUGCCUAUGCAAACUCCAUGACACAUUGAGUUCUAAAGCAAAAUGGCACAGCCUAUUAAAUCUACUGAUUGACACAUCAGCCUGAUGCACAUUAUUAUGCUAAUGUAAGACUAGAGCAAUAUAAAGAGUUGUAAUGGGGGAGGUUACAUGUACACUGAGGUGGAGUUCACUGUUAUACUGGGACAACCACACCUCACUAUUCAACUAUCUCAUCUGAGGGUCUCACUUCACUCUGAUGUAAACAGAAGCUCCCAUUUCCUUUGACAUAAUCAGAGGAUCUUCCAAAAAGUUUGUCAUGAAACAAUUCUGAAACAAAUGAUUUCACUGCCAGUUUUGGGUAUGUCUGCAAAAAUUAAUGGUGCAAUAACAUCUUCCUGUUGCUAAGAUAGCUGCCUAGUAAGACAGACUAUGUUGCUAAGUAAAUAGUAAAUAAUGUUAUAACAGCAUGCCUUUUGGAUAGCUUUUGACUCAGUGAAAUUUUAGGAAAGUUUUACAGUCUACUGUCUCUAUUCAGAUAACAGAGUGGAAUGUGUUAAUUCAGCCUUUUCCAGACUGUAGUGCCCAGGAUAAAUUAUAGUUUAGUUCUGACCAUUUGGUCUGAAUUCUGCUGUUCCAUGGAAUGCCUUGAGGCAGUGAGAUUUUAUUCAGGGAACAGCAGACACUGACAUCAAAAGGUGCAGCUGAAACUGUACGGCCUGGUGACUAUUGUCAAGUUAUUGAGUGUUAAUGACGGCUCCAGGCUCUCCUCACCUUGUUAAUUGAAUGAGGCAGUAGCUUGCAAAGUGCAAAUGGGAAGAAAAGAAAACUUUAUUGGUGUCCUUUUCUGAAAUAUGAGUGACCAGGAAUUCAAAGUCCAUUUUUAAUCAUUAUUUAGACCGCCGUCACAUCCCAAGUUUUGUGCAUGUCAUCUACGCAAAAAAGACAAUUUGUCAAAACCAAGCUGCAACUGUAAUUCAAAAAGCUUUGAAUUAUAUUCAUGCCAACAUGCCUGACAAACUGGAAGUGAUUUGAAAAUUGCCUCGCUUUUUUAUAUAAAUGUUAAAUUCCAGUGAUGAAAAUCCACUCAUGCAGCUUCAUUCAA